GCAUUUGCGUUGUUACUCUGUCAACUCAGACUGUGAAUCACACACUAGCACGCAUGCACACACACACACACACACACCCGCACACACACACACCAAGAACCUGUCAAAAGAACCAAGAAAAAGAGUCACUGGAAUAGAAUGUGCCGGACUGUUCUGUCCCCUUGCAAUUAGUGUAAUUGGAGGGUCCCUGUGGAGGAGUCGAAGGAGAGGAGAGGGGGCCGGACGUUUCCUCAGGAAAGUACAUCAUCAUCAUCUUCUAAAAUACAGGCCGGUCAGGAAACCGGGGGACCAGAAUGCUCUUGUGAGGCACAGAGGAGAUCCACAAGCUUAUACAUGCACCACCCAGCCACACAUCCAUUCCACAUACAUCGGGAUGACAUUGCACUGACACGCAGUGCACUAACCCUCACAAGAUUUGUAUAGCCGAGUGCCAAGCAUGCCUAUCCUGAAGAAGCUCCCGGGGCGCUCGAAGAGCUGCCACGAGUUUCCCAGGACGAACGGGGAGCUGAUCAUCCCCGGCCUGCAUCUGGACCUCAACCCUUUCGAGGAGGUGGACCUGGAGGAGGAGAGGAACCAGGGCGACGGGGGCCUCAUCAUGGGGCCCGGGGGGGACGGGAGGCCCCACCUCUGGAUGUCCAGGGACGGGGAGGAGGAGGAGAACGAGGUCAACCUGGAGAAGCACGGCCCCCCGGGGGCCCCUAAAGGGAGCCCCCUGCGGGGGACCCUGGAGCGGAUCUGUGGCGUGUCGCCCCUCAAGACCCUGGGCAAGCUGGGGAAGGGGCUGCGGCUGUCGGGACGCAGCGUGUGGGGGAACGGCCCUUCCCCGCGGAGCCCGAGCGACCCCAACGACCCCUGGCCGGAGAAGGAGAAGAGGAAGGGGCUUCGCAGGAGCUCCGAGGAAAUCAUGACCUUGCUCCGAUUUGCAGGCCGACGUAAGGACGUCCGCAGAGAGAGCCUGCCCUGUGGGAACCUCAGUGAGGACGGCGAGGCCGAGGCUCGCCGUCGCCCCUCCUUCCUUAAAAUGGUCAGCCUGGGCAAGCUGAAGAGGGAGUCGCUUUCGGACCGCACUUCCCAGGAGGCCGAGGAGGAAACGGUGGAGGAGGAGCCAGUGGUCAAACCCAGGGAGCCGCUCUCAGUGCUGGAGAUCCUUCAGCUGGUCAACCACAGAGACCUCCUCCUCGCCGACACGCACAUCCAGGAGCUGGAGCGCGAAUGCGAGCUCCUCUCCAGCUUGCCUCCCGCCCCCGCCCAGUCCCCCGCAGCAUUCGCGCCGCCCCUGGACGACCCCUCCGGCUCCAACGCGUCGCUGGACUCCAGCCGCCGGAAGGCCAAGGACGUGGAGCUGCUGUACGAGGCCCUGCAGAAAGAGAUGUGGGACGUGGUGAGGGAGUCCCUCCGGCAGCCUUCGGCAGGGCCCAACCUGGGUCUGGUGGUGCUGGUCAUCCAACAGGAGGAACUGGCCGACGCAACCUGGGCCUUGAGGAAGGACACCCAGCCCCAGCACCAGCCUCAGCCUCAGCCCCAGGCCAUCCACAGGCCCCGGCAGCUGAAGCUGAAGUGGAGGCAGGCAGUGGGGGACGCUGCGGACUGGAGCUUGCCCCAGCAGGUGGACACCCAGGCGGGCCUCCUGGCCUCCUAUCUGGAGCGUCUGAGGGGCCGCAUGGUGGACGACCUGGACACGGUGCGGAGGAACGUGGUGUCCAUCUACCCGGAGGAGUUUGCCGCCUUCCAGGUGUACGUGCAGAGCUACCACCGGGCGGUGGCCCGCCGGCUGCGCAACAUCACCAGCUGCCCCCUGCAGAUUACGGACGUUUAUUCACUACUGGACUGGUUCUACAACAUCUACAACAGGGAUGUUCUGGGCACCAUUGGCACGACCACACCUAUUAACUACGCCCCACUGGAACCUCUGCUGGCCCAGGACACAGUGGACCGACUGGAGCAAGACUGCCUCAACAUUGUCAGGGAGAAGGUGACCACGGAGCUGAGCCAGGUUCUGGAUGAGGAGGAAAGGCGCUGGGCUCAGACUCUUCACAUAGAGGAGUAUCAGUCUCCACUGGCCCGCUCAGUGAUCCAGAGGUUGAAGGUGGACUUGGACCGAUCCACGGCCGUCAGCCAGUUCCUGGGGGCCCGAGUGGCUCGGUGCAGUCUCAAUGGACUGACUGACUUCCUGUACAGUUUUCAGAGGAAGGUGGAGAUGUUCCAUGAAACCCAGGCUGAGUUUGGGGACCGAGGAGACGGAUACGUGUCCAGGACGAUAGCUCUGGUUAACUGCUGCCCUCCUCUCCGGUCCUUCGUGCAGCGCUGCAGGCAGUGUGAUCCACAGGGCAGUGAGGAGGCUUCCCAGAAAGCCAACUCCUCCCUAGACAGGAUCAUCAACCAAUCAGUGAGGGUUCUGACCGACAGGCUCUUUGAACACAUCAGGCCUUUCUUCGACAAGCUCGUAAAGAGGAAAUGGCUCAACAACACCGACGCCUUUGAGGCCAUCGAAGCCAGUAUCAAACAACACUUUAAGAAGUUCAAGAGGAUGGACUGUCCGCCUUACCAGACGCUGGUUGGGGAGGUGCACCGGCGUGUGCUGGUGGAGUACGUGCGGGCCAUCAUGCGGGGGCGGGUCAUCUGUACGUCCCUGAAGAUGAGGAAGAGGAUGGCCUUCCGUCUGCAGGACGAAUCCAAGCAGCUUAAAGGACUCUUCAAAGACCUGGAGUCAGGCACCUCCCGAUUGGACAGUGUUAUCUCUCACCUCGCUGACAUCAUUCUCCUAGAAGACACCCCAUCCAUUCAGAUGGAAGUGGCAGUUCUGGUGAAGGAGUUUCCUGAUAUAAGGAAGAAGCACGUCUCCACCCUGCUGAACGUGCGGGGCAUGAUGAGGCAGACCGAGCGUCAGGAGAUCCUCAACAUCGUCAAAGACUUUGGCAGCAGCUCGGUCCUCAUGUGCCGGGACCACGCCUUCUUCUCCGACAUCCCCAUCACGUCGGACGUGCACUGUCUCAACCUGGGCCUCCUGCGCCUCGCCAUGAGCAUCUCCAACUGGUUCUCGGAGAACCGUCCACGGAAGAACCGGAGACAAGCCAGCAGCCGGAACAGAAUCGUCCAAUCGCCGGACACCCCGACGACAGAGGAUACGAAUGAGCUUGACCGAGAAGAGUAGCCAAGCUGGAGGGUCGGAGUUGAUGACCUUUCCGGAACCCUGACUACAAAACCUGCGUUGGGUUUUUUUUCUUUGUUUUUUUUUCUUCUAAAAAGAUGAUAUUCAUAACCUAUGAAGCAAUGAGGAGAGGAGUAUAUCCACACAGAUAAAGAUGCUCAUUUUAUGACACAUUUUGGUCAUUUCAUCUCAAAUGAUAGAUGUUUUUAAGAGCGGAAUGAAGAAGAUCGCCUCAGGUACUCCAAGUGCUGUCAAUGCACAUUGACAAAGAGUUUGGAAAUGACUACGUGAAAUGCCACAUCAACAAUCACUGAACUGUUCAUUUUCCUGAAACAUAUUAACGGCUAGCAUGAAACCAUUGUUAAAUCGUAUAGUUUUUUAGUCAUCUGUUCAUUUAUAUAUUCUGAGGUUGUCACUUUCCUAUGAAUACAUAAACACCAUUAUUAACCUGCAUAAAUGUAGUGUUACAGCCAUAUUUAAACCAACCCCUUUGUAUCACAUUUCCAUAUAUCUGAAGUGACAAUGCAGGCGUCACAAUGCUGUUCGACAUCUCUUCAUCCUUGUGGUUUACGCAGGCUCAUAGUUUGCAAAAGAUUGUUCUGGAAACUGCAUAGCACUCCUCUGCAUCCUAUUUUACAGUAAUCCUGGGUUUGAUGAUAUCAUGCUUUUAGGUGAGAAAAUAUUUGAUUUAUUGAUUAAUGUAAUUUUAAUAAGAUUACAAUCCAGUAAGAUUACAAUCCAUGUUGAAUGAAUGUGGUCUGUUGCCACGGAAUAAAUAAAGACCCAUUGAUUGGGUACACUGGACCAA